GGAAGUUUUCCCUGUGGGUUUUCUUUGUGAUGAGAGGAGGAGGCAGAUUAAUCAAUGGGGGAAAACCCCGAGAAAGCACACGCCUUCUUGUGUACAUUCCCAAUAUUUUGCUAUAAGUAGGGCUGGUGCUGGAGCAGAAGAACACUCACAGGGCACUGGGUACCCAGCACUGAGCAGAUCACUCCUGGAGCUGAGAAUGUUCUGCAGUGGCAAAAGCCUGCUCAGCCUUGCUUUGGCAUGGGUGCUGCUGGCUCACCUCCACAGCCAGUUAGAAGCAAGCAGCUUCGACUGCUGCCUUCGGUACACAAAGAGCAUCAUUCCUCCAAAAGCGAUUAUGGGUUUCACAGAACAGCUGGCUGAUGAAGCUUGUGACAUUAACGCUGUUAUCUUUCACACCAAAAAGAAACUGGCCGUGUGUGCUGAUCCAAAGCAGGGCUGGGUGAAAAGGGCUGUGCGCCUCCUCAGGUAUGGAUCACUGAAGGACAAGCAGUCUACCCGAACGAUGGGGGAAGAAGGGUGCAGAGGGUGGGCGGCAGGCCCGGAGGAGGUCUUCAGUCUAGAGACAUUGGAUUUUAGAAGGGGGAACUUGGGUUAGACCAUGCAAGCAUAGAGUGCAUUUUUGUGCUUAUAUGUCAAUUCCAUCAUUGUGUUUGUUAUUAUUUUAAAUUAAUAUCUUUUCUCACAUGAUGUAUCAGAUCUCUCUGUGCAUCUGAUAGUCAUUAACUACUUGAUUUUCAUUGCUGAGAUGUUUCCUCUUUUUAUCCUUUAUAGACUUCCUGACACUUGGUUGGUUGCUAAACCCUGAAAAAUAAAUUUAAUUAAAAAGAGACCAGUGAUUCUGGCUUGCAUCAGUAAUGUAGCAUUUAAUGGAUAGAUGGUAGCUAACACUGUUGCACCAUAUAUACUGAACUUAGAAACCCUAGACAAGUGUUCAUACCCUGUUCCUGUUGUGAACUAGCUUAGUUAUGUUGAGCAAGGCCAUCCUUUCUCAGACUCAAGUUCCUCAUAUGGACUCUGAGCUGCUCUUCAUAUCGAGAUGAGAGUGAAGGUGUGUGAAGUAACUUCAGGUACCAACGCCGUUCCUACCAUCCAUUCCUCUAUUUGCAG